UAAUAUCAAUAGUAAUAAUGAUGAUGUAAAUGAGGAUAACGAAUCAUUACUUAAUAAUGAUAAUAAUAAUGAAUCAUUGCUUGAUAAUAAUAUUUAUGAAAACAUUAAAUUAUAUAAUAAUAAUAGUUUAAGUUAUUUAUCAAAAUUAAUUGAAAGACAAAAUGAUUUAAUUAAAUUGUUAAAUGACAAUAAUCAAUAUUUUACUUUUUUUGCUCCUUCUAAUCAAGCAUUAUUAAAAAAUGAUUAUUUACUUAAGAAUGAAUCUCAUAUUAAUAAUUUUAUAAAUUAUCAUUUAAUUUCAGUUUUAAUUCCACCAAAAUCUUUCUCUGAAACAAUAUCAUCUUUAAGUUCAACAUCAAAAUUUCAUUCAUCACUAAAGAAACCAAGUUUAUCAAAUUUAAUUGAUUCUUUAACAAAUAUAACUGUAUUUAUUACUAUAGAUGAUGAUAAUUCAUCUUCUUCAACUUCAUCAAGAUAUCAUAUAAUUAAUAAUCAAAUAAUUUAUUCCAAUGAUUUUAAAAAUCAUUCAAUUAUUGAAACUUUAGAUAGAAAUCAUUUAAGGGUUUUUAUUUAUAAUAAUGAAUUUAAUGCUGGUGCCAUUUCUUCUGCUAUAGUUGUAACUACAGCUAGUAUCUUGUUGUAUAAAUGGUACCAAGCACAUAAACUAUUAAACAACAAUGACAACAAUAAUAAUAAUUAA